AUGGGCGACCUAGCAGAAACAGAGACGAUGGACGAUAUUGCUGUUAACCAACUUAAUGGUGGCGUUGGAGAUGGUGCAGCUAUGGUAUUUAUGUUUAAUGACAAGCUGAUUUCUGUGUCUAUAUUUCCUAGCAACGGAUCGUCAACAAAAGAUACCUGUCACCUGGGAUUAGAAGAACGCCCUCUGCAGGACCAUCUUGUUGAUCUUAUUUCUAAAGCUACAACGUGUCAGGACGAUGACGAGUAUGAGAGGCUUGAAGAUGAGGUUCUCGGGGUUAUUCUUGACGCCGGGAGACAUCUUUUUUCUGGGCCAAUAUUUUCGCGAAGAGCACGCACUGAAAGCAGUAAAACUCUGCAUAAUCUCUUAUUCCCCCCGAUCCUCUACUUCCGUUUAGAGGCUCCCGCUAGCUGCGUCUCCAUUGUACCUAUCAAACCGAGCGAGUCAAACUCCAUUCUCACGAUCGACCCUGCCCUGGACCAAGGUUUUGAGGAAAAGUUGGAAAUUUACCAAGAUUUGCCUUGCUAUAUUCCUGAUGAAAUCGUGGUCAUGGAGGUGUUUUUACGUGGUGCGAAUUGUAUCACUGCUGCCGUCCAGGUACACGGCCAAGACAUGUUUUGCAAGUCGCGUGUUGAACCAGGCGGGCUCUUUGGUACUGGCGAGGGGCGAGAGCUCGAAUGUCUUGGUGAGCUGCGCAAAGUGUUCAACCAAUCAGAUGCGAUACGGAUUCCCCAACUUCUCGGGUAUGUUCAUCAUAAGGAUACGAAGCAGAUAUUGGGAUUUCUUCGACAGUGGGUGCCCGGACGCAGGCUCAGCAACAUCGACAUCACCUCCGCUACGGAAGGGAAAAGGCAAAAAUGGACCUCGCAGAUCCGCGAAACAAUUGAGAGUCUUCACAAGCACGGAUUGGUCUGGGGAGACGGAAAGUCUAGCAAUAUUAUCAUUGACGAGCAGGAUGAUGCCUGGCUGAUUGACUUUGGAGGCGGUUCCACACAAGGUUGGGCCGACGAGGAGCUGGCGGAAACGAAAGAGGGAGAUGAACAAGCCCUAACCAAGAUUGCACAAUUACUGAACGAAGAUAAUCGCGCGUCUUUGUCCUCUUAG